AUGGCGACAAACACCGGGCCCGUUAGUAUGACAAGUUACGAGGCGCAUGGCCAAGAUGGUCUCAAAGAAAUUGAUACCCAGCAAAGUUCCCAAAUCCCCGAGACCCUCCCGAGUUCUGGUGUAGAUAAACCAGAUGCUGGACCUACCGAGACAGAAAAGUCGCACGGCCAUCCGUCUACACCGCAGGAAUUGCCCGCCAACCUCGAGGACGGCCUUUACAGACAAUCUUCGGAGGAUGAUCACUCGGCACACAGGGUUCCCGUCAGCCGAGUGACAACUGAUGCGGACGGAAACACGUAUCCCGAAGGCGGCUGGGAGGCGUGGUCGGUCGUCUUGGGGAGUUUCAUGGGUCUUUUUGGCUCUCUGGGUCUGGUCAAUACCAUCGGAACUUUCCAAGCAUACCUGGAAGACCAUCAACUGAAAAGUUACGGUUCAGGUCCUACCGGAUGGAUAUUUGGCAUGUAUGCAUUUCUGACAUUUUUCUGCGGUAUCCAAAUCGGCCCCAUAUUUGACGCCCGAGGGCCGCGCUUCCUUGUACUUGCCGGAUCGAUCUUAAUCAUCGUGAUGAUGGUCGCACUGGGUUUUUGUACUCAGUACUGGCAUUUCAUGCUCGUAAUCGGUGUGGUCGGAGGUCUAGGGACUUCUCUCAUGUUCACGCCUGCGAUCUCCGCAAUUGGCCAUUUCUUCAACGAGAAACGCGGCAUUGCAACCGGUAUUGCUGCAACGGGGGGCUCCGUCGGAGGUGUUGCGUUCCCCCUGAUCUUGGAGAAGCUGUUUCCCAAGAUCGGAUUUGCCUGGGCAACACGAGCAAUCGGUCUCAUCUGCUUGGUCUCCUUGAUCACCGGCUGCUUGUUAAUCAAGUCUCGGCUGCCCAAAAAACCGUUUUCCAAGGAGAAUAUCAUGCCCGAUUUUCGUAUCUUCCGCGACCCCAAGUUCACCCUCACGACUUUGGGAAUAUUUUUCAUCGAAUGGGGCCUGUUUAUCCCAAUCACCUAUAUCUCGUCGUACUCACUGGCCCACGGUGUUUCCGAACAACUGUCCUACCAGAUGUUAGCCAUUCUCAACGCCGGUUCUUUCUUCGGGAGAGGAAUUCCUGGGUUUGUUGCCGAUUACCUGGGCCGCUUCAAUACGCUCAUUGCAACCGUUGCUCUAUGUCUUGUCUGCAAUGCAUGUCUCUGGCUUCCAGCCGGCGAUAGCGUACCUGUGAUCAUCGUGUACAGCGCCAUAUUCGGCUUUGCCAGUGGCAGCAAUAUUAGCCUUACGCCUGUCUGCAUUUCACAGCUCUGCAAGAUCGAAAAUUACGGAAGGUAUUAUGCUACAGCAUAUACGGUUGUAAGUUUCGGCACUCUUACCGGUGUUCCCAUCGCCGGCGAAAUUCUGUCCCGCUGCAAUGGAGAGUAUUGGGGCCUGAUUGUCUUCACAACUUGCUGCUACGCCGUCGGACUAGCUUGUGUCACGGCAGUCAAAUUGAUCCAUGUAGGCUGGCGCAGACCCUGGGCACUCUACUAA